AUGUGGAAAUCAAUACUACGUCUAAUUUACUUUUUACAAUUGAAUGUUUUGUCGUCAAAUCUGUAUGUUUUUACUAAUAGAUCUCAUACAUUCGGACAAGGACGAGUUAUAAUAACAUUGCAGUCCUUACAUCAGAAAUGGUUUACUACGAAGGUAUCUUUAAAUGGAUUAAUUUUGGUAGAUUAUUUUCAGACAAAUACAAGUGCGCAAAAAGAAGCCUUGCUUUGGUAUAGGACCUCGAAUUUGGAAAAAACGUUGGCCUUCUUUGGAGUAAGCUCGGAUAGGAAAGUACCCUAUGCUGAGUGUUACUUCCAUGUAUCCGGAAUUCAUUUUUUUUCAAAUGGCUUCUUUAGUGUUGUUGCUUUAAUUACUAGUGACGGAUUAUAUGGAAAUGAACUACAAGCCAGGACUUAUACAUUCGUUAAAACUAACUUGCACAUAUCAUGUGAACCAAAAUUUUAUAUACCUCGUUGUCAUGACUCAAAUCGUCCCCUACACUAUGAAACUUCAAAGGUAAUUGUUCUAAGGGCUGUAUUUACUCGACACUGUCCUAUGGAUAACUUUAUUCAAUAUUAUUGGACCCUUCAUGACAGUACGGAGUCAGAACUGUUCGAGUUUUUGGCUGCUACUAUAAGACCAGAAUUUAAGAUAAAGAAAUAUCGUCUUAAUUUGCGCCAACAGUCACCAUUAAAUCGAAUGGUGUUAGUUCGUAUGAAUGCUAAAAUCGUUGGCCGCCGUGUACCUCUGGUUGCAAGGAGACGAGCCCUCGGACUGAUAUACUAG